CUACAUUCUUUAGUUCUGGAAUGGCAAAGUAGAAGUUGAGGGGACGUCUCCAUGGAAACCAGCUUCCCAGGAAGUGGCCAGAGAGAUUAGUGUUAGGGGACAGAACUGGAAAGAUGUCAUGAAGGAAACACCUGCUUUGGUAAGCUGAGGGAAAUGGGCCGGUGCCUCUCCAAGGCUCAGACUCAGGGGAUCAGAGUCACACCUUUACAAAGCCAAGAAGUAAAGCCUCCCUCAGCUGAACCUGUGUUCUUUGCAUUGAACCGGAACCCGGAAGGAAAGAUCUCAUACUCAUUGACAAGGCUGCAAGACCGAAAUGGAGCUCUGGAAAGACAGCUGCCACCUCUCCGAGAAAGCCAGUAUGGAAGGCACCCUGCAGUAUCCAGGGCCCUGUAUCUUGACAUCCCACUGAAACAUGAAGAAACAAGUAUUAUCAAAAGGCAUCCACCUCAAAGAAUUCAAAAGCUUGAACCCAUUGACCCGCCACAAGUAAUUACCUUUGAGAGGUUUCCGAGCCAGCAAGGAGCCAGAACAAGGCACAAAGCAAAGGAACUUGAGAAAAUUCAGCUUCCAAUGUACACUUCUGGGAAAAGACAAUAUUUACAUAAGAUGCAAAUGAUGGAGAUGAACCAUAAGAGGCAGCAGUCCCAAAUGGAGCUGAGGAAGAGUCUUCAGAGCAAAUCGGCACUUGAUAUUCAAAAGCUGAAGGACCAUAAUGGCAAUAAAAUCACCCAAAGCCUGUCAAGGAGCAAUGGCUGUGACAUUCUCACCAUACUGCCUGAUGAAACCAGGAACAGAGACCCAGGAAAGCCACAGGAUGAAGAAAUCUUGGACUAUCACACAGAGGAUGACUGUUGUGUCCGGAAAGUUGGCAAAAUGGAAACAUGGCUCCGUGAACAAGAAGCCCAGGGACGGCUUUCCUGGGACAGCUCUGGCUCCAACUCAGACGAGCUUGAGGAAGAUGAGAGGAGACCACAAGCACUGGUGAGGACCAGGACAGAGAGGGUCCCACUUUAUGAUGAGUUUUAUGACAGAGAAUAAGGACACUGCACACUACCCCAGCAAGUGAGAACAUUGGCUGCUCUGGGGUUCCCAACCCCCCACAAAAAUCAUUCACAUUUGCAUAUGAACUAUUCUGAGGGAAGUGACUUACUUUGGUACCCAGAAAGGAUGUCAUCUGGAGUCUUGUGGUUAACAGGUUUGUCACAUAUGCUGUAAGUCUAUGCCUUAAAACUGAGGGGCUGACACCAAGGUCAUUUGAUUGUCUUACCUUUCUGUGGGUAGCUGGGCUCAGCGCGGCUGUUCUUCCGUUGGUUUCUUCACCUAGCUUACGUAAUUUAACAUCAGAUGGCAACUAGGACUGGAGUUACAUGGAAGCUGGCCUAGGGCACAACACAACUAAAAAGCGAUCCCUUUUCACAUAGUUCUUUCAGCGAGGUAGUAAAAUAUCCCUUUAAAUCAAUCCAGUGUGUUUAGCAGCACAUAUCCCAGCUGGAAGAAGAUGGAGCACACAGACAUGACAAAUGUCCAGCCAUGGAGCC